GGGGCUUUGCGGACGCACGCACGUCGAGGUGCUGCUGCCGGGAGCUGCGGAGGCUGCGGGUUUGAGCUUCGGAGGCUGCGGGGUUGGUCUGCGGCGGCUGCGUUGGCUGCGGCUGGCCCGCCCGCGUCUGGAGGUUGGAGAGAAAUCCAGGUACUCAGUUGACCGGUCCUUUCUGCUGCCAUGGGGGAGCUUUUCCGGAGUGAGGAGAUGACACUGGCCCAGCUUUUUCUACAGUCAGAAGCUGCUUAUUGUUGUGUCAGUGAGUUAGGAGAACUCGGAAAGGUUCAGUUUCGUGAUUUAAAUCCAGAUGUGAACGUUUUCCAGCGGAAAUUUGUGAAUGAAGUUAGAAGAUGUGAAGAAAUGGAUCGAAAGCUUCGAUUUGUUGAGAAAGAGAUAAGGAAAGCCAAUAUCCCAAUUAUGGACACUGGCGAAAACCCAGAGGUGCCCUUCCCCCGGGACAUGAUUGACUUAGAGGCCAAUUUUGAGAAGAUUGAAAACGAACUGAAGGAAAUCAACACAAACCAGGAAGCUCUGAAGAGAAACUUCCUGGAACUGACUGAAUUAAAAUUUAUACUUCGCAAAACUCAGCAGUUUUUCGAUGAGGCUGAAUUGCAUCAUCAGCAGAUGGCGGAUCCAGACCUGUUGGAAGAAUCCUCCUCCCUUUUGGAGCCAAGUGAGAUGGGAAGAGGCACGCCUUUAAGACUUGGCUUCGUGGCUGGUGUGAUUAACCGGGAGCGCAUCCCUACUUUUGAGCGCAUGCUUUGGCGGGUGUGCCGGGGGAAUGUGUUCCUGCGGCAGGCUGAAAUCGAGAACCCCCUGGAGGAUCCUGUGACUGGAGACUACGUGCACAAGUCUGUGUUCAUCAUUUUCUUCCAAGGCGAUCAGCUGAAAAACAGAGUCAAGAAAAUCUGUGAAGGGUUCCGGGCCUCACUCUAUCCCUGUCCUGAGACGCCACAGGAGAGGAAGGAGAUGGCUUCUGGAGUUAAUACCAGGAUUGACGAUCUCCAAAUGGUUCUGAAUCAAACGGAGGAUCACCGCCAGAGGGUUCUGCAGGCAGCUGCUAAGAACAUCCGCGUCUGGUUCAUCAAAGUGCGGAAGAUGAAGGCCAUCUACCACACUUUGAACCUGUGCAAUAUAGAUGUGACCCAGAAGUGCCUGAUUGCGGAGGUCUGGUGCCCUGUCACUGACCUUGACUCCAUCCAGUUUGCGCUCAGAAGGGGCACGGAACACAGUGGCUCCACCGUGCCCUCCAUCCUGAACAGGAUGCAGACAAACCAGACUCCCCCAACCUACAACAAAACCAACAAGUUCACGUGUGGCUUUCAGAACAUAGUGGAUGCUUAUGGAAUUGGAACUUACCGAGAGAUAAAUCCAGCUCCAUAUACCAUCAUCACUUUCCCUUUCCUAUUUGCUGUGAUGUUUGGGGACUUUGGCCACGGCAUUUUGAUGACCCUUUUUGCUGUAUGGAUGGUGUUAAGGGAGAGCCGGAUCCUCUCCCAGAAGAAUGAGAAUGAGAUGUUUAGCACUGUGUUCAGCGGACGGUACAUUAUUCUUCUGAUGGGAGUGUUCUCCAUCUACACUGGCCUCAUCUACAAUGAUUGCUUUUCCAAGUCUCUUAAUAUCUUCGGGUCAUCCUGGAGUGUGCGGCCAAUGUUUACUUUAUACAAUUGGACGGAAGAGACGGUUCGGGGGAACCCUGUCCUCCAGCUGAACCCAGCUGUCCGUGGAGUUUUCGGUGGACCCUAUCCUUUUGGCAUCGAUCCAAUUUGGAACAUUGCUACCAAUAAACUGACCUUCCUCAACUCCUUUAAGAUGAAGAUGUCUGUUAUCCUUGGUAUCAUCCACAUGAUGUUUGGAGUCAGCCUGAGCCUUUUCAACCAUACCUAUUUCAAGAAGCCCCUGAAUAUCUACUUUGGAUUUAUUCCGGAAAUAAUCUUCAUGACCUCUUUGUUUGGCUACUUGGUCAUCCUUAUUUUUUACAAGUGGACGGCCUAUGACGCUCACACAUCUGAGAAAGCGCCAAGCCUUCUGAUCCAUUUCAUAAACAUGUUCCUCUUUUCCUACGGGGACUCUGGUAAUUCGAUGCUGUAUUCUGGACAGAAAGGAAUUCAGUGUUUCCUGGUAGUGGUUGCACUGCUGUGUGUCCCUUGGAUGCUGCUGUUUAAACCACUGGUCCUUCGCCAUCAAUAUUUGAGGAGGAAGCAUUUGGGAACUCUCAACUUUGGUGGGAUCAGGGUGGGCAACGGACCGACAGAGGAGGAUGCUGAGAUUAUUCAGCAUGACCAGCUCUCCACCCAUUCAGAGGACGCAGAGGAGCCUACCGAGGAUGAAGUGUUUGAUUUUGGGGACACCAUGGUCCACCAGGCCAUCCACACCAUUGAGUACUGCCUGGGCUGCAUCUCCAACACGGCCUCCUACCUGCGGCUCUGGGCCCUCAGCCUCGCUCAUGCACAGCUGUCGGAGGUGCUUUGGACCAUGGUGAUCCACAUCGGCCUAAGCGUGAAGAGCUUGGCGGGAGGUUUGGCGCUGUUCUUCAUCUUCGCCGCCUUCGCCACCCUGACUGUGGCCAUCCUCCUGAUCAUGGAGGGCCUCUCAGCCUUCCUCCACGCGCUGCGGUUACACUGGGUGGAAUUCCAGAAUAAAUUCUACAGCGGGACAGGUUUCAAGUUCCUACCCUUCUCCUUCGAGCACAUCCGAGAAGGGAAGUUUGACGAAUGAGCCCCUCCCUCAGGGGUGCUGUGCGCCCUCUGCCCUCCCCGCUCCCUCCACGGUGAUUAGCUGUGCUCCGCUUUCCUGUUGGUUGUGAGCCCUGGGUAUCAGGGCAUCUGAGUCAUCCCUGCCACCCUUCCCCCAGCCACCUGUGAGUCAUUUAGACAGACCCAGCCCUUCCUGGGUCCCCCGCCACCUCCAGCUUUGUGUGUUGUAGUGCAGUGAUUUUCUGGAGAGAAGCGGGCCCGAGCCGUCACUCAAACCCACUCCCGCUGGGCACCCUCCUUGCCCUCCCAGCCUCUGUCCAGCCCUUCCUGUGCCCCCUGGUGGUGAAGCAGUUUGUGCAUUUACACAGGAGCGCAGAGCGCUUGGAGGGAGCGCCUUCACCGUCCACACCCAGACUCUGAGGCCCCCCGCUCCUGCCACUCUCCUUCCCGGUGGGGGAUGGGGUGCUCUUUAACACUCCCCACUCUUGGAUUAGCAGGGGUGGGUCCAGGAAGAUGGUGUUUCUGUCCUCUGCCCACCCCCUCUGGUCUUCAGUGCGCUCGUUAAUCAGGAAUUCAGCUGGACCCAACUGUGCCAGCGUGCGUGGCUUCUCCCUGGCAGCCCCAAGGGUCCCUGGAUACCCUGCACCGCCUUCCUGACCCCCACCCUAAACUCACACCCUCUCCUCCUCCUUCCCAGAAUGCCCUUUUAGCACCCAGCAUAACAUGCACAGCGGGGAGGACCCAAAGCAGAGGUCCUGGCUGGCUCCUCUGGUGGCUGCUUCUCAGGCCGUGCGUGGGCCGCAAGCACGCCCUCGGGGCAGAGGGUCCAAGUCCACGCUCUUUCCUGGUGCAGACCCGGAGACCUUUCCCCAGCCCCAGUCACGAGUCUUGAGUGCAGAACUGUAGUCAUUAGGGGUGGUUCUGCCUGCAGACCAAUCUUGCUCUGCCCACCGGUGCCCCUCCCCACUUCCACACCGACCCCAAGUGGAGCAAGUGGGUCCUGGGCAGGGAAAGUCAACGUCAUUUACCAUUUGCUGAUUGGAGGCCGCUGGCAGGGCCGCCAGUGCGUGCAGUUGUGAGAGCUGCGUGGCCCUGCCCUGUGGGCUGGUGGGGAGCGCCCCCAAAGGGCCGCCGCCCCGUCACCCCCACACCAGGAUGUGGAUCUUGGGGCCUUUUAAUCAUGCGUUGGCACAGCAGCUCUGGCUGCUUCAGCUAAAUUGAUCCCCGUGCCUUCAGUGGGCGAGAGGACCCCCUCAAUUGGUCGGCCCCUUCCCACCCCACCCCACCCCUACCCCCUGCUUGUCUGGGAGCUGCUGAGCACUGCUCACUGGACUCUCCCAAGCUGGGCCACUGCCCCAGCUUCACCGCGCAGUAGCCAGUGUGACCCGACCCAGCCCUUGUGCAGAGCCCCCUCCCAUCCGGUCCCUCCCUCCCUGUGGUUUACAUGAUGAUCUUUGCUCUGUUUACAGCGGCAGGAGUUUGAAGCAGAGUUCUUUAUCAGGAAUCCUGCCCAAGGCCCUUCUGUUCAGACAUUCCCGUGCGGAAUAAAGUGUGUUUGACUCUA